GGCUGUUGGCUGCUAGAAUCUGCUCGACAGAAGCUGCAGAUGGGAGAGAAAAGUUUAAACACGACUGGUUGUUUGCUUUCUGCAGUUGAAUCCCAUUGGCUCGAACCCUGUGUCGCUGCUCGAGAAGUGUUCGACCCAUUGGAUAGCUUGACCGAACCAUUCGGUCAACAUCAGAUAUUUCCGUAACAUCAGUUAGAAAGUUGAACUAGAUACCAAUUAUGUAAUAAAUAAACAAGUUUACUCAAAUUGCAUUUGAAGAAUACAUUAUGCCGAUGACUGGAGAGAUGCAGGUGUUCACAGACAGUCAUGCCAAGUCUAUUCUAAUGACUAUGAACAAUCUGAGGAAAAGUGAAACACUCUGUGACGUACAGCUUCGAGUUGAAAAUCAGUCUUUUGCAGCUCAUCGUAUAGUGCUCGCUGCAUGCAGUGACUACUUUUUUGCCAUGUUCACAAAUGAGAUGUCUGAGAAAAGCCAGUCUGUAAUUGAGCUUCACGACAUCUCCGCCAAUGUGAUCAAAGUACUGCUAGACUUUGUUUAUACAGAAACUGUUAAUGUCAGUGUAGAGAAUGUGCAAGAACUGUUACCUGCUGCUUGCCUUCUUCAGCUUACAGGGGUAAAACAAGCCUGCUGUGAAUUUUUGGAAAAACAACUAGAUUGUAGCAACUGCCUUGGUAUAAAGAUUUUUGCUGAGAAUCACUCCUGCGAUGUAUUAUGGCAAGCUGCAGAGUCAUAUAGUCUACGACACUUUGAAGAUGUUGUAGAUGAAGAGGAGUUCAAAUCUUUGUCCCUGCAAGAAGUAAUGAGGCUUAUGGGAAGUGAUGAACUACAGGUUAAAAGUGAGGAGCAAGUAUUUGAGGCUGUGAUUGGUUGGACCAAGCAUGAAGAGGAGAGUAGACGUGAAUGUUUGACAAAACUUCUGGAGUGUGUACGUCUACCUCUUCUUUCUGCCCGCUACAUCACUGAUGUGGUAGAUAAUGAGCCAUUAGUGAAGCAAAGUCACAGGUGUCGAGAUUUGUUAGAUGAAGCAAAGAAAUUUCACCUCAGACCUGAUCUUAGAAUACAUAUGGAUGGACCAAGAAUGAAGCCUAGAACAGGAACUGUAGAACUUUUGGUUGUUCUUGGAGGAUUUGGGUGUCAUCAAAACUUGGUUGAUGCCGUAGAGAAGUUUGAUCCAAACACUGAUGAAUGGUCCCGAUUGCCAAAUCUGACUCGGAGAAGGAGAUACGUAACAGCAGCAUCUCUCUAUGGCAAGCUGUAUGCAAUUGGUGGAUAUGACGGUCAGUUACGUCUCAACACAGUUGAAUGCCUUGAUCUGACGUUGGACAAGCCCACAUGGCACAGUGUGGCUCAGAUGAACGACCGGCGAGGAUUAGCCUGCUCUUGUGUUUAUCAAGGUCAUAUUUAUGUGUGUGGCGGAUUUGAUGGCUACACUCGUCACACAAGUAUGGAAAAAUAUAAUCCCAAGACUGAUGACUGGUCAGUGUUGACAGGAAUGUCUGUUGAAAGAGAGGGAGCAGGCUUGGUUGUUACCAAAGACAUGAUUUUCUGUAUUGGUGGCUAUGACGGGAACAAUUUGUUAGAUUCAGGAGAACAGUACAACCCUUGCACUGAAGUGUGGUCUUCCAUUGCUUGCAUGUCAACUCGCCGGUCAGGUGCUGGGGUGGCUGUUCAUAAUAAUGACAUUUAUGUUUGUGGUGGAUAUGAUGGCAUGGAGCAUUUGGCUACUGCUGAGUACUACAGUACGAGAACUGGUCACUGGACGUCAAUACAGAGCAUGGCAGUACCUCGCUGUUAUAUUGGAGCUUGUGUUCUGAGAGGAAGACUUCUUGUUGUGGCUGGUUAUGAUGGCCACACUUUGUUAAAUUCCACUGAAGAAUAUAGCCCAUUAACAGGGUUGUGGGAACUAGUGGACAACAAAAUGGGCACACCACGCUGUGAUGCUGGGAUAACAGUUGUCAGGAUGCUGUGACCAACAUGAAGCAUUCAGAACCCACAGAACUGAAGAUACCAAUGAGUUCCAUAUGGUCAGGCCCUGAGAGUGGUGAUAAUUGACACUGAUUAUUGUGAAGUAGCAAACCGGUCAUAGUUACAGUACAAAGUGUAACAUUCUCAGUAGCUUUUUCAAAUAAUUGUGAACACACAUGUAUAUAAUGAUGUGGAGGUGAACAGCAAAAGAAGUUAAUAGACAGAAGGAGUUGCAAGAGCAAGAAGAAAUGAGUUGAACUCCCCGACCUCUAAUAGACUCCUAAUAGUAACAUUACCUGUUUAGUUAUUCAGCAACAUGGGUGGGAUGUAGCCCAGUGGUAAAGUGGUUGCUUAAUGCGCAGUCUGACUAGGAUCGAUCCCCAUUGGUAGGUCCAUUGAGGUAUUUUUUGUUCAAUUAGUGCACCAUUAAUGGUAUAUCAAAGGCAGUGGUAUGUGCUAUCCUGUCCAGUGUUUCUGCCACAAAGAAAUGUUUGGGUAUGGUGCUAUGAACCUGAAUGCAACCGCAGUCAAUAGGGGGUAUUGGGUGCCUACCCCAGAAAGAAAAUGGGUUAGGUUUAGGGUUAGAGUUAAGAAAAUCAUACAGUAAUUAUAAAAAUAAAAAUAAAUCUCCAAAAACAUGUGGGUAUAGCGCCAUACCCAUUUUACUCACUGGCAGAAACCCUGCUGUCUGAAGCAGUGGUGCACAUAUAUGUAUCAGAUCCCUUGCUACUAAUAAAAAAAAUGGUAGCUGGUUUUGUCUCUAAGACGAUUAUGUAAAAAUUGUCAAAUGUUUGACAUCCAAUAGAUAAUAAAUCAAUGUGCUCAGUGGUGUCAUUAAACAAAAUAAACUAUCUUUUUAUUCUGGUCAAACUUUGUGAUGAAUUUGCAGUUUAUAUUUCGUAUAGUUUUUAGUUCGCUACCGGUCCAACCAGAGGUGACUAUAGGUUUCAUCUCCAUCCAUCUGUAUGUCUGUCUGUCUGUCCAUCCGUCUGUUCCAUAUAUGUUUUCCGGAUAUUUUUUUGGAGAAGGCUUUGAGAUAUUGAGCUGAAAUUUUGUACUUAGCUUUAUCAUAUACUGUUACAGAUCAAGUUUGACUUGUAUGGUGAUUUACUAAUUUUUUGACAGAAUUAUGGCCCUUGA